AUGCAGAAGGUCAUUCAGAGGGCUACGACAGCCCGGAAGCAAGCGCAAAAGAAGAUUUACCGGGCCCAACAAGCCCUUAAAGUUGCGGACCGCCAGCAGGUCCUCCGGCAACGGAAGGAUUACAACAGAGCUUUGGUCACCGGUCUUAAGGAAUCGCGGAAUGCCCGCUGGGAGGACUGGGAGAAGGGAGCUUUGGCGCCCAUGCGACAUGUUGGACCCGAUGCGACCAAGUACGGUGCGGUAGAUGUCUCCUUGUUGCAUCCCCCGGCCAUCCCCAAGCACCUACGCCGGAAAGAGAUCCUAUUUGCUGAAGGAGACCGGGUCUGCGUUAUUCGGGGUAGGGAUAAGGGCAAGAUCAACGAAAUCACUCAGAUCAAUGUGGAGAGUGAGACUGUCAUCAUCAAGGAUGUCAACAUGGCUGAAGUCACCGUCCCUGAGUUUGCUAAAAUUUCCAUGGGAAUCACCUCCGAUACCGUCGCCCAGGGCAUGCCAGUGUCCAUGAACGAUAUUCGACAUGUCGUUGCCCUCGAGAUGGAAGACGGAACUAAAGAUCACAUCGUACAGCAUGCCUACGGCGGUCCUCCCUACCUGGAGCGAUCCUCAGACAGCAAACUCCCGCGCUUUUCUCGCUACAUCGCUGGAUUGGAUAUUGAGAUUCCGUGGCCCGCAGAGGAGCCACCGCAUACCGAGGUCGCCGAGUGUGACACAAGAGGAAACGAAGUGGCAGAUAUGUCUUGGGUUCCCUCUAUGGACGAGCCGCCUUUCCCGUCCAGCGUUAUCGAUGAAUUGCGCAACAAAUACUCCAGAUUCCGCACACGGCACGACCCCGAGUAUGUGAAGGAGAAGGUGAUGGAGGAAUACCGACAGGAAUACCUGAGGAGCCAGUCUUUACUGACCCCCAAAGGCGAGAAGAAGGUGCAGACGGCCAAUGCCAGUGUGGCAUCCAAGCUGGCGAAGAUGGAUGCCAAUGGCAAUGUGCUCAUGGACAAGGAGACCAACGACUUCAUCAGCCGCUUCAUGGGGAUGAACGCGACAAAGUCCAGCAAGCCUGCAAAUGCCCAGGCUUCUGCUUAA